UUCAGUUUACUGUUUCGCCUCUGUCCGUUCAUGAGUUUGUCAUAGAUAAUGAAAAAUGGACCACUCAAUUUGCAACAUUGCAAAUUCAACAAAUAUAGUUUAUCUCUUUCUCUUCCUGUUACUUUAUGAUCCUACAGAAGGUGAAAUUUCCUUAUGUCCAUUAGAUUAUUAUCAUGAACAGUUUUCGGAGAAAAAAGUGGAACCCGCCUCCGACGAAAUAGCUACUGGAUUAACAAUCAGGGACAUACUACCGGAAGAUCCUAGCAAAUACGACAAGAUGCGGCCACCCAAAAGAGACGGCAAUCCAACUAUUGUCUAUUUUCACGUCACUGUUAUGGGUUUGGACAGUAUUGACGAAGGAUCUAUGACAUAUGCUGCAGAUAUUUUCUUUGCUCAAACCUGGAAAGAUCACAGACUGCGACUACCCGAAAACAUGACUUCCGAAUAUCGAUUAUUGGAAGUAGAUUGGUUAAAGAACAUGUGGAGACCUGAUUCAUUUUUCAAAAAUGCCAAAUCAGUAACUUUUCAAACCAUGACCAUACCAAACCACUACAUGUGGUUGUACAAGGAUAAAACUAUACUUUAUAUGGUCAAGUUGACUUUGAGAUUGUCUUGUGCCAUGAAUUUUAUGAUCUAUCCACACGACACUCAAGAAUGUAAACUUCAAAUGGAAAGCUUGUCGCACACCACGGACGAUAUGAUUUUUCAAUGGGAUCCGGAUGUUCCUCUUGUUGUGGAUGAGCAUAUCGAACUUCCUCAACUCGCUUUGGUCAAUAACUACACAGCUGAUUGUACACAAGUUUACUCGACAGGAAAUUUUACAUGUCUCGAAGUGGUCUUCCAACUGAAACGGCGUUUGGGCUACUACUUAUUCCACACUUACAUACCAACAUGCUUAAUAGUCAUCAUGUCUUGGGUGUCGUUUUGGAUAAAACCAGAAGCAGCACCAGCCCGAGUGACACUGGGAGUCACAUCUCUUUUAACCUUGUCUACACAACAUGCAAAAAGUCAAGCCGCCCUUCCACCUGUCUCUUAUCUAAAAGCUGUCGACGCUUUUAUGUCCGUCUGUACAAUAUUCGUUUUUAUGGCAUUGAUGGAAUACUGCCUGGUCAACAUCGUUCUGGGUGAUUCGGAUUUGCCGAAACCACCACAACCACCUCCGAAAAAAAUGGAUAACAUCUUCAAUAUGCCUCCCUCUAAAGAAAACUCGCUUUUGUUGAGUGCUACUCCCAAAACGCCGCCGCCACCUUCAGCCUCACAAAAAGCCAGAAACAGAGCGAUCAACAUCGACAGAUUUUCUAGGGUGUUUUUUCCACUUUUGUUCACAGUUUUAAACGCUACUUAUUGGAUUUUGUUUGCUGAAUACAUUUAAUUUUGCUUUUAGAUGAAAAUAUGUUGAAAUCGCUCUUUCUUAUACGAAAUUUUAAUUGAUUUUCUUGAAAGUUAAACAUAUAAGUGAAUAAAAUAAGAAAUAUUAUAGU